AUGUGUGCAUGGAGUGUGAAAGACUGUGUGAUGAGGUGCGAGGCAAAGAGAAUUGUUCAAAAAUUUACUAAUCUGGUAUUGUCGAAAUGGGAGCUACUUGCUGCUAUGCAAGCUCUAGCUAUUUAUAUCAUCGUUCGAUUUGACGAAGGAGAAACAGAGUACAAUGGCUUUGAUUCACUUUUAAUUGCGACAGUGACAGUCAUAGCUCAAAAGCUAAUCAAAAGUGACAUUGCGGGGAACUAUAGUCUCGACGGAACUUGGAAAGAUUGGCUUUUUGAGGAAUCAAGACGAAGGUCUGCUGCUACCUGA